AUGGCUCCAAGGCUGCCUCCCUUAUGGUCUCGCGAAACGUUUUCAGAUGCCAGCUCCGGCGAGUUCGCUGCGCAAUGGAGCAACCCGGGCGAUGUCUUUAGCAUCCUCCUGCUCCUCGGCGGGGAUGUCAUCAACCAGGCACUUGCCCAGCUCGCGGGGUCGGGUCUGGCCCCCGUUACGUUUUCAUUCGGCUGGGUCGCAUACGCUGUCAGCUCGCUCACCACUGCUGUCGGACACAACAAGCUUAUGCCGAGAGAGCCAGACUACGGCUGCAAAGUCAUAAACGCGUCCAACGGCUACGUCCGGGAAAAUUCAAGUUGGGUCAUUGGCAGGAUAGCCCGGGACUUUGAUCACUGGCGCGACAAGACGGUGACGCAGAGGACGGCCGAGCUCGUGUCAGAUAAAUGGAUCGACUUGAAGCGGUACGACCCCACCGCCAACUGCCCUCGGCAAGCAGGCCUUGUUAUCUCAAUCUACGAGCCAAGUAAGCUGGUUGUAGCGGGCACAGUCAGGCUCAACUCUAUCUACUGGACCGGCAUGGCUGUGAUGCUGCUGCAGCUCGUCGUCGCCGCCAUCCCGAUCGGUAUGUACGGCGAUUGGGCUACCAUGGUCGUCACGGCCAUUGGCACCCUCCUGUCCCUCAUCACGGGCCUGCUCCCGCAAUGGAAGAGAGAGAAGUGGGCAUGCCGGCGCCACGCCCGAACUACCUACGUAAUAACUAGGGGCAACGGCGCGCAGCACGCCAUCGUUGUCCUCGGUAACGGCUGCGGCCUCAACCUGGAGGACCUGGCGGCGGGCCAGUACAACGCCCAGGUGGCGGCCAAUCUCUCGACCCGUCUCGCCCUCUUUGGGCUCGCAACCCUCUGGAUCCUGCUCCUCAUCACAGCCGCCGGCAUCAAGUCGCAUACCUGGUUCCUGCUUGCUGUCGGCGGCAUCGGCAUCGUGCAAAACAUCCACGCCGCCAGCCACCACUGCCGGCCGGAGAACUUUGGCCUGCACCUGCACUUUGUCCGCGUGAUUGGCAAGCGCAAGGUCAUGGACACGUUACUUGAGGCAGAGCGGAGUUAUGAGAAUCUCGGACUCGCGCUACUGCCUGAAUUCUUCCCUGGUGUACUCACGACCGAGGACGACGCGAGAUGGCAGCUAGUUAAGGAAGCCCGUAAUAAAGCUUGGGAAGUCGCUAGGAAGACGAGUCGGGCGCAGCCACAGCCACAGACGAGUCGUAGGCAGAGUGUAUAG